AGAAAGUAUAUUCUGUUUUGAGAUAUGGUGGGGUUGCCUUUGUUCUCAUCGCAUCAAUCAUAUUCACUCGUUUGUUACAGAAAGAAAAGAUAACAAGUUCCCCAAUCAAAGGCCUCACACUCCAAUGGCUGAAUCAAUUCUAAUUUCGCAUCCGUCUUCUCUCUUCUCAACUACCACCACCACCACUUCCAUUUCCAACCUCCGUCCCUCCCACCAUGAAAUACAACCACUUUUCACCGGGAAACCCCUCUCUCUCCGUUGUCAAGCUGUCGCCGGAGCCGGAGCUGGUCCGACAAGCCCCGCCGCUACCCCCACCCCCAUCAAGAGAAAGAACAGAUACGAAAUGGAGAACCUAACAACAUGGUUACUAAAGCAAGAACAAGCUGGCCAUAUCGACGCAGAAUUAACCAUAGUUCUAUCAAGCAUUUCAUUAGCUUGCAAGCAAAUCGCUUCCUUAUUACAAAGGUCCAGCAUUAUCAACCUGACUGGGGCUCAGGGAACCAUGAACAUCCAGGGCGAAGACCAGAAGAAGCUCGAUGUCAUCUCUAAUGAGUUGUUCUGCAAUUGUUUAAGAUCAAGUGGUCGAACGGGGAUCAUAGCAUCAGAGGAGGAAGACGUGCCUGUGGCAGUUGAAGAAACUGAUUCCGGGAACUACAUUGUUGUGUUUGACCCGAUCGAUGGAUCUGCUAACAUUGACAUUGCCUUAACAACAGGUUCUAUUUUCGGCAUAUACGCUCCCGAUGAACAAUGCCUCGUUGAUUACGACAAUGACACGUUAGAUGAGGCUAAAGAGAAGUGUAUCGUGAGUGUUUGCCAGCCUGGAAGCAACUUAUUAGCCGCAGGAUACUGUUUGUAUUCGAGCUCAGUGGUGUUCACGGUUUCGAUAGGGAAUGGAGUGCAUGGAUUCACACUUGAUCCAGCAUAUGGAGAAUUCGUGCUGACACAUGAGGAUAUAAAGAUACCAAAAUCAGGAAGAAUUUACUCUUUUAACGAAGGGAAUUUUGAUCUUUGGGAUAGUAAGUUGCAGAACUAUCUCAACCAUCUACGAAAACCAGGUGGACCAAAUGGAAAACCGUAUUCAGGGAGAUAUAUUGGGUGCCUUGUUGGUGAGAUUCAUAGAAUGUUGCUUUAUGGUGGUAUCUAUGGUAACCCUAAGAAUGAGAAAGCAAAAACUGGGAAUUUGAGGUUGUUGUACGAAUGUGCACCCAUGAGUUAUUUGGUGGAACAAGCUGGUGGGAAAGCCACUGAUGGUGUCCAGAGGAUUCUUGAUAUUCAACCUGACCAGAUUCACCAGCGCACUCCGAUUUUCAUAGGAAGCCCAGAUGAAAUCGAUAAGCUUGCGACAUAUUUGGCUUAAAUUUUGGUUUGGAUUGAUAUUUAUUGAACUUGAGCAAGGAUUCGUUUUGGGCUGUAUCACCCAUAUAUAUUAUCACUAUGUUUCUGUGUCACCAUUAAUAUGUAUGAUAACUAUCCCAUAAAAUAAGGUAAUAAAAACAAGCUUGUUAACAAUAAAAAGAUUGAAAUUUUGAAAAGUAUAUUUUCAUCCACAUCAUAUGACAAUGGGAAAAAAAAAGUUAGAAUUUAUCAAAAAACGAAAUUACUUGAAGAAAUCUACAAAUGUAUCUUGUAUUUGUUG